CGCUUGCACUGUAUGUGGUAAGAUUGUCUCCUUCCCUGGUAAUAAUAACCUUCGAUUUUUUUUUAUGCAAAAGUGCAAAGCCAGGGGACAAACAAACAGCUGACGUGACUCCAGCAACCAAACCAUCUCGCCCAAAGCCAUUGAACUUUGACCGCACUGACUGAAAUUGCUAUCCCACUUAAACGAUUGGUCAGUUGCGGAGGUGUGUUCUGUGUUUGGACCUAUCAGAAAGCAGGUAAAAUGUCUCCUCCGAUCCGCCCAUAGGGCUAUAGGUGACAGUGAAUAAAAGGAAGCUGAUGUGGCCACUUCUGUCUCGUCACACCUAGGAGUUUCUACUGGCGACUUCUCUCACAGCAAAUUAAGCACAAUGGCCCCGGUAUUCCCAGCACUAACUGCAGAGCAGAAGAAGGAGCUGUCUGAGAUUGCCCAGCGUAUUGUGGCACCAGGCAAAGGAAUCCUUGCAGCAGAUGAGUCUGUGGGGACUAUGGGAAGCCGCCUCAAGCGCAUCAAUGUGGAGAACAUAGAAGAGAACAGACGUCUCUAUCGAGAGCUUCUUUUCACUGCAGAUCCCUCUAUAAAAGACAGCAUUGGAGGUGUCAUUCUUUUCCAUGAAACUCUCUACCAGAAGUCUCGAGAUGGAGUUCUUUUUCCCAAAAUCCUCAAGGAUCUUGGCAUUGUUGUAGGAAUCAAGGUAGAUAAAGGCACUGCUCCUUUAGCUGGAACUGAUGGAGAGACCACAACACAGGGUUUGGAUGGGCUUGCAGAAAGAUGUGCUCAGUAUAAGAAGGAUGGCGCAGACUUUGCAAAGUGGCGUUGUGUGCUGAAGAUCUCGGAUUCUGCACCAUCAAGUCUUGCUAUCUAUGAGAAUGCUAAUGUUUUGGCUCGAUAUGCCAGUAUCUGCCAGCAGAAUGGACUUGUGCCAAUUGUGGAACCAGAAAUCCUGUCUGAUGGGUCACAUGAUCUCCAAAGGUGUCAGUACGAGACUGAAAAGGUCCUGUCCGCUGUGUAUGCUGCCCUAAUUCAGCACCAUGUUUAUCUGGAAGGAACUCUAUUAAAACCAAAUAUGGUCACAGGGGGCCAGUCUUGUUCACAAAAAUAUACCCCACAAGAUGUUGCCAUGGCCACUGUCACUGCUUUAAGACGUACAGUCCCUCCUGCAGUUCCAGGUAUCUGCUUCCUCUCAGGAGGUCAAAGUGAAGAAGAGGCCUCCCUUAACCUGAAUGCUAUGAAUUGCUGCAGUCUUAAUCGCCCAUGGCGUGUGUCUUUCUCAUACGGUCGUGCUCUACAGGCAUCAGCACUCUCUGCCUGGGUUGGGAAGAGUGAGAAUGAGAAAGCUGCCCAGGAAGCCUUUGUUAAGAGGGCAAAGAUUAAUGGUUUGGCAACUCUUGGAAAAUAUGUUCCAUCUGGAUCUUCAGAUUCUGCUUCAUCUCAGUCUCUGUUUCAGCCUAGUUACACCUAUUAAACAGCCUGUCUGUGAUCUAUUCCAGUUGUUAAAAGCACAAAAUACCAAAAUCUGCAUUUGGUGACCAGUCUCCAAUCCAUGCCCUAAUGACAGAUUUACCAACAUUCCAAAUAGUAUUUUCUAAAGAAUGAGAUUAUUUGUAUGCCAAUUGUUUAAGUACCAUAGGUUUUUACUGGUAUGGGCCAAAAUCUGUAUAUUUCAAUUUUAUUUCAGCCCUCUUUGUACUCAAAGUAGUUCCAACAUUUGAGCAAGAGAUAAAUACUGUAUACAAAUUCAUAAAUAAUAUUUAGUGUGCAACAAAAUCACAUCAGUUUGACCUUUUUACUUCUUGUAUUAUUCCAAAAUGUAUUUCUGCCACAUUAAAAUUGAUCUUUACAUAC